AUGGUUUCUAGGGUUGCUAAAACUACUUUGGCGAGGAGACGGAGGGUGACAAAUAGGGUUGGUUGUAAGGCUAAGGUUGUGAUAAAGCGUAAGUCUAAUGGGUUGUAUGUUAUGCAUUAUUUUGAGGAACGUCACACCCAUUCGAUGUGUUCAAUUAUUGCUAGGCAAUUUUUAAAGGUGAAUCGUAGUCUCGAUGCUGGGCACCAAAUGUUUAUUGCUAGUUGUGUUCGGGCAAAUAUUGGGUCUGUUCGGUCAUAUAGGCUGUUUAAAGAGAUUGUUGGUGAGUAUUCCAGUAUCGGGGCUACAGGUGUGGAUUUUAAGAAUUUCAAGCAUGACCUGAUGGUGUACAUUCUAAAUGGUGAUGCUCAAUUAUUCAUAGAUACGUUAUUCAAGAGACGUGAGUUGUGUGAGGCAUUUGAUUUUGAAUAUGAUGUUGAUGAAGGUGAUCAGCUUUCAAGGGUUUUUUGGGCAGAUGCAGUAUCUAGGAAGAAUUUUGCGUUGUUUGGUGAUGUUGUUUCAUUUGAUGCUACAUACCGUACUAACAGGUAUAAGUUGGUGUUUGUUCCAUUUACUAGAAUUGAUAACCAUAAGAGAUCCAUAACCUUCGGUGCUGGUUUGCUUACGAGGGAAGAUGUAGACUCAUAUGUGUGGCUUUUGGAGAAAUUUAAGAAAACUAUGUGUCAUGACCCUAUAUGUGUUGUUACUGAUCAAGAUCCUGCUCUCAAGGUUGUUGUUGCUCGCGUGUUUGGUACAUCAAAACAUAGAUUUUGCAUGUGGCAUAUAAUGUGCAAGGUUGGUGAGAAGGUUGGACCGAUACUAUCUAAAGAUGAAGUGUUUAGGAGGAAGUUGAAUGGCAUUGUCUGGAACAAAUCACUGGACUCCAAGUCCUUUGAGGAGGCAUGGAGUUUUAUCAUGGAGGAAUAUGGUUUGGGUGACAAUGGUUGGUUUCGUUACUUGUUCGAGUCUCGUACAUAUUGGGCAUCCCCAUAUUUUCACGAUGAGUUUAUGUCAGGACUGGUUAGGACAACGUCUCGAUCAGAGUCUCAAAAUAGUUUUUUUGGUACGUUCUCUAAUGGUCAUUCUAGUUUGGUUGAGUUCUUGGUGCAUUUUGGAAGUGCUGUUGGUGUGCAGCGUCAUGCACAAGCAAAAUUGAAUGCUGAUUGUGAAUCUUGUUUUCCUGUUUUGAAGACACCAUUGGCUUUGGAGAAGCAUGCAAUGGAUGUUUACACCAUUUCUGUAUUUUAUGAUGUUCAAGUAGAGAUUUGUGCAGCUUGUUAUUCGUGUCAAGUGGUGUCUUUGUGUGAUUGUGAUGGCCAUGUGUCAUAUGGGAUAAAAGAUGGUGCCCAACGGGCAUGGUAUGUGGUGUCUCGGUGGACAAAGGGUGCUUGCUUGAAGCCAAUAUUUCAUAUUGAUGAUACAAUUGUUGAUCAAUCUUCUAAAGUGGAGAAUGUUAGGAUUUUUACUAAUCUAUUGUGGUCUGACAUAUAUGCUUGCGUGGGCUUGGCCGAUGGUAAUAUAGAACGUUUGGCACAACUACGACGUGUUAUUUCUGAGCAAAGGAAAUUAUUUCUACAAGAGGGGAGUGAGGAUGGCAGUGGGGUGGUGGCUGGUGGCAGCAAACAAAGUGUGAUCAAUUCAUUUUGUGGAGAUGUGUCUCAGGGUUCAACAGUGGAGGUGCGUGAUCCUAUUCAAGCUAAGAACAAGGGUAGCGGUAAGCAGUUGAAGAGUACAAGGGAGAAAGCUGCUAGCAAGUGUGUAAAGCAAUCAAGGAAAUGUCAUACUUGUGAUGAAUAUGGUCAUAAUAGUAGGACAUGCCCUUUAAAUGGUUAG